AAAACACUUCUUUUUAUAAUUCCGCUGUCACACUGCGAGGUUUCAUUUCAUUUUAUAUCAAUUAGGGUUGUGGACCCUGGGGAGUAAAUAACCGAAUCAUUUGAUUUCAAAUCAAAGAAAAGGAAUCAAGCGACAAUGCAGCUGCUCCGUUCGCUCUGGCUGCUAAGCAUACUGCUCCUGGUGGCCGGUCAGCAGAAUCCGGCGGCUGGCCCCGCCUCCAAGGAUCCUGCGGUGGCGGCCAAUGCGGCGAAUGCGACGCCUUUGAAUAGCACUUCGGUGGCUCCAGGAUCGAAGUCGGCACCGGCAUCGGGACAGGGAUCUCUAGGAGCUGCUGUCGGUGGUCAGGUCCAGACCAAGAAUCCUGUUGCCCUUCAGCAGGACAAACCCGCCAACAAUACGGCCGCGGCGGAAAACGCAGGCAAGAAGAGGAAUCGCACGGACACGGGCUUGCCCGCAGCUCCAUUGGCCACUUCCAAGCCGGUAGCCAAGGUAAACGAGGCAGCCAUUUCCUCCUCCACCGCCACCACGUCCUCUUCCACUUCGACCACCACCACCACGGUCAAGCCAGCUGUAGGAUCACCUAUAGUCACCGAUGGCCAGUCGAUGCAGGAUGUCACCAAGACAGGCAAGCCGUCUAGCAAUGGUCCCGCCAUCCCCUCCAGCAGCAGCACCACGACAACCACCACCACCACCACAACCACAACAACCACACCGAAGCCCAAGAAACCAAAUGUGUCCGUGAGCACGGACGUGCAUCCGGAGUGGGAGAAGGAUGUAGAGCUGCAGAAGACCCAGGAGAAGCCCGGUCCCGUCCAGCCGCAGCCACCAGUCGGCACGCAGCCGGAGCCCGAGGUGCAGGGUCUGACUGGCAGUAGUCUGGCCGAUCACGGGGAGAACGGCUAUGUGGUGCCCAUUGUGACCGUGCUGCUGACCGUGCCGCUGGCCCUCGGCGUGGUGACCAUAAUGUACCGCCGCUUCCGCGACAUGUGGAGCACCAGGCACUAUCGUCGCAUGGACUUCCUCGUGGACGGCAUGUACAACGACUGACGAAGGCGCGGACGACAGCCCGGCGGCAAGGGCGGGUGCCCCUCCUCUUCCGGCGCCCUGGGAUGAUGAUUAUUAGUUGUUUAAGUUGGAUGCCCUUGCAUACAAUGCAAGGUCUCCGGAUCGAAAGGAAGAGCGUGAGGAGAGGCAGGAGGAUGAUGACACAAAACACGGAUAUUGCUCAGUCAAUUAAAAGGAGAAAGGGAUUCGCUCUGUAGCGCAAAAUAGCUACUAGCUAGAGGACCCUUCCGAGCGGCCAAAUUGAAUUUAAACCAACUGAUUUCUACGCUAAAUUCGAGCGGUCUUUUACAUUUAAGCAUUUGGAUUUAUGUCAAGCAUUUGUUACGAAUCAAAUUGAUACCGACACUUAUAUAUAUAUACCCCGUAUAUCCUAUCUACUUAAGACUCUGUACACCAGAUGCUGUAUAUUGGAGGCUGCGAAUCAACCUCGAUCAUCAUCAGCGCAAUUAGCAAUCACUCAUUGAAUCCACAAUCUAGCCGUAAUGUGCCUUACGAACCAGCUCUAUAUAUAUGAUAUACCUUUACACAUGAUAUUCUCAAUUUCCGAAGCUUACGAGAUAGACUCUCCGCAUUUACUUUACGCAACGCAACACUCACUCAAAAAAGCAGCAGAAACCAAAAAAUCACAAGCAAUCGGCCUGAAACAAGCAAUUUUAUUGCAUUACGACAUAUAUACACAUAUAUAGGUAUAUAUAUAUACAUAUAUUUCUUGUUGUUAUCAAAGUAACAAUUACAAUAAAGCGAACGGCAGUCUAAUUGAA